UGCAGAAAAUUUUUAAUCACACCUCCAAAAUUGUUUUCUCUGCAUCUGUACCCUUUUAUUUUCUUCUUUGCAAAUAUUUUACAACACAUCAAAACGGUGCUCCAUCUUUUUGUAAUUUAUAAAAUAGCCCCCAGAAACAACUGUAAUAUAUGUACAAAAUGCCGUCUUUACAAGAGGAGCUAUUUCCAUCGACGCCGGGGAAGUUCAAGAUCGACCGCGGCCACACCAUGAACCGCCAGUUCCACCGGUGUUUCGCCUCGACGAGCACCAUGUUUCUCUGGGCUUUGUUCUUGAUAGCCUUGACGGCUUCGUAUUUGAGCUUUCAGAGCUUCGUCGAUUCAGGUAGUCGGUACUUCUCCGCCUCGUGGGGUGGUAUUCAAUGGGAGAAGCAGGUACGUAACUCGGCCCGGAUCCAUCGUUCUGGUGGUAUGUCUGUGCUUGUGACCGGCGCCGCCGGUUUCGUCGGGACCCAUGUGUCGCUUGCCUUGAAAAAGCGCGGCGAUGGCGUCGUCGGUCUCGAUAACUUCAAUAACUACUACGACCCAUCGUUGAAAAAAGCCAGAAAGUCUAUGCUCAACGACCAUGGAGUCUUCAUCGUCGAGGGAGACAUAAACGACGCAAGGCUUCUCGAUAAGCUUUUCGAUGUGGUUGCCUUUACCCACGUGAUGCACCUGGCUGCCCAGGCUGGGGUCCGCUACGCCAUGGAGAAUCCCCAGUCUUACGUCCACAGCAACAUAGCUGGGCUCGUCACCCUUCUCGAGGCUUGCAAAAUGGCCAAUCCUCAACCGGCGAUUGUUUGGGCUUCGUCCAGCUCCGUGUACGGACUAAACGACAAGGUUCCAUUUUCCGAAUUGGAUCGGACUGAUUCUCCGGCGAGUCUCUACGCGGCGACGAAGAAAGCCGGUGAGGAAAUCACUCAUACUUACAACCACAUUUACGGGUUGUCCAUUACCGGGUUGAGAUUCUUCACUGUUUACGGGCCCUGGGGUAGACCCGACAUGGCUUACUUCUCUUUCACCCGGAAUAUCCUUCAGGGCAAGCCCAUUACGGUUUAUCGGGGCAAGAACCGGGUCGACUUGGCCAGAGAUUUCACUUACAUCGAUGAUAUUGUCAAGGGUUGUCUCGGGUCUUUGGAUACGGCCGGAAAGAGUACCGGGUCGGGUGGGAAGAAGAAACGACCCGCACCGUAUCGGAUCUUUAACCUGGGGAACACGUCACCGGUGACUGUACCGACGCUAGUGGACAUACUCGAAAGACAUUUGAAGGUGAAGGCGAAGAGGAAUGUUGUGGAUAUGCCUGGAAACGGCGACGUUCCGUUCACGCAUGCGAAUAUUAGCUUGGCCCGAAGAGAACUCGGGUACAAACCCACAACCGAUUUGCAAACCGGGUUGAGGAAGUUUGUGAGGUGGUACCUUUCUUAUUAUGGAUAUAAUAAUCGCGUCAGCAAAACUGUAAAUUAAAUUAAUAUUUUUUUAAUUUUUAUUUACUUUCCUUUCCUUUUUUUUUUUAAUCUGUAGGAGUUUCUUUCCCAUUUUACCAGAACAAAAGAAAGAAAAUGGGAAAAGAAAAACCUUUUAAGAAGUUUAUUAAAAAAAAAAGAGAGAUACAUUCUUUUUUUUCUUAGUGUUGUUUUCUUAAUUUUGUGUAAAGAAAUAUGCUCGAAAGUUUGUUUA